GCCCCCGCCGCGGGUCCCAGCAGCUCGGGCGGCGGCAGGAGCGGCAGAGGCCAGGCAGACCAGCUUCGCGAAGGCUCUCGGCGCGCCGCGGCCCGCAGGCACCCGGCACGCGCCCGCCCCGCCGCCACGAUGCCCAAGAGGAAGGUGAGCUCCGCCGAGGGGGCGGCGAAGGAGGAGCCCAAGAGGAGAUCGGCGAGGUUGUCAGCUAAACCGGCUCCUCCAAAAGCGGAAACGAAGCCAAAAAAGGCGCCAGGAAAGGAUAAAUAUUCCAACAAAAAAGCGCAAACAAAAGGGAAAACGGGAGCAAAGGGAAAACAGGCUGAAGUGGCUAACCAAGAGACUAAAGAAGACUCACCUUCAGAAAAUGGAGAAACUAAAAAUGAGGAGAGCCCAGCUUCUGAUGAAGCAGGAGAGAAAGAAGCCAAGUCUGAGUAAAAUCACACACCUGGUCCUAUCAGUGGUCCCUGUUUCCCUUCUUGUACAAUCCAGAGGAAUAUUUUUAUCAACUAUUUUGUAAAUGCAAGUUUUUUAGUAGCUCUAGAA